AUGUACCUCCCAAACACGACGUGGACCUGGUCUUUCGCUGGCGUGACCUUCGUCCAAACACUCGUGACCCUCGCCUUAGAGAUUUAUGUCUUCGUCAAUUUCCAGAUCCAGGAAGUGGCCAACGAUAGUCCCUCAUCCAAAACUAUCCCGACUUUCCUCGCGCUGUACAGUUUCGGCUUCAUCUACGAACUGGUCUUGGUAUAUGAUGCCUUACAAGCAAAAAACACCAUUCAGGUUAUCGGUCUGUGCUUGUGCAACGUGGGCCUGUUGAUCUAUGGCGCGGUCCAGGUGCAACAAAUCCGAAAUGCGGUCAACAACUUACACGUCAACGGUAAAAUUAAUGAUCUUGUUUGGGUGGAGUCAGAGCCAUUCCUCAUUAUCAUUCCAUGCAUUGUCGCAUUAGGCACUGUGUUGAUGACUUUUGUGGCUUGGCAAUUAUAUGACGAAUUUGCCUGGACAAUCUACAAGCACAUUAGUGCUGACUUGCGCAUGAAGCGCCGUUAUUUAACUUACCAGAUUUACAUCGCCCUGUUGAAGUUUGAUUUCUUCUUCUUCCUCGGUUUCACCGUCCAGUUCCUGGUCGUCGUGUCGUCCUCCAGCCAUAAUGCCGAGUUCUACCUCACCAUUGUCGCCGUUCCCGUGACCAUCAUCAUCCUUGCCUUUGGUGCUUGGUUUGUCCGUCGGGAAUCGACUAGUGGCAUGAUUGUUAUUAUUCUGCUGUUCUUUGCCGCCAUGGCAUACUUUGUCUUCAAGCUCUUCCGCAUGUACGCCCAGGCAACCUACAUCGACUAUCUCCCAGCCCGUCCAUCAAUGACAUUCUUCGCCGUCAUCACGCUCAUUCUCAUUGUCAUCACCAUCAUCAAUGCUUGCAUGUGUGUGAACAACUUCCACCGUGGUCUGAAACCGCAUAUCAGCAAGAAGAAGGUUAAGCCUGAGGAGAAGACCACUGAGCUUUCAUCCAACUUAGCCAGUAGCGCAGUCCCAUCACGAAUGAUGAUCGACUGA